AUGCCCCCUGGUACUGACGCAUCCCCCGCCCUCCUACAGGAAUGCCGCCUGGUGCUGACGAUGCUCUCGGCCUCCUCGCGUCUACUGGUCUUCCACGAGAACAUAAGUGAGGCCGUUUUCGUGGGGAAUCCUCAUCUGGUGGAGUACACUGUGGGCCGAGUGAGCGUGGACGUAAUGAACCAGAAUGAUUUCGCGGUCAUGCAUGUUAAAAUAUCGCUUGUCCGACGCGCCGGCUACAUCUUGAUGAACGUGUAUAUCCCGUCGAUGUUACUCCUGGUCGUGAGUUACGUCACUCUGUACUUCCGCGUCGGGAUAUUUCAAGCCAGGGUUUUGGGAACACUCACUGCUCUCUUGGUCAUGGCGACGUUAUUCACGCAGGCGUCGUCCCACCUCCCGAAGACGUCCUACUUCAAGAUGGUCGACGUGUGGCUCCUGACGUGCAUCGUCGUCAUCUUCAUCAUCAUCGUCUUUCAUGUCCUAAUCGACAGGGCGUUCGAGAGAGCUGAGAAAGCCCCUACUGCGACUCCUGCUGCGCCUUCGCUCUCCCCUGCGAAGCAAGCCAUGAAAGUGUAUCCUUCAGAAAGAACCGCUACCACAGCCUCCUCCAGAAACCCGAUAGGUGCCGUGGGGCCUUUGUCCGCCGGCAGGAAUACGAGUCUUCGCCUUCGUCAGCGUGUUCGCACUCCUCUCUAUCAGAACUUGAUCCUGGGAGCUCGUCUGGCCGUGUUUGCAGCGCUCCUUACGUUCAAUGUCGUUUACUGGAGCACUGUAUUCCAACAUUAG